AGUGCCCACGAGUAUGCAAAUAAGCUCGUGAGGUCCGAGCGUCGUACGGCGGUUUUGAUUGGCUGCCCCGUUCAUUGAGGCGCUGGGGUAGGAGCGGCUUGAAGGACCUACGUCACGUGUGACUUCCACUCCGUUUCCUAUAUAAACUGCCAUUCAUGUGCAUUGGUGGAGAGAGGGAAGGGUAAUUGUCUCUCGUUACACCGCUCCUGCCAUUGCUACCGACGCCCGUGAUUUUCUCACCGCCAUUAACACAGCAAACGGAAGAAACCAGUCUUCUUUUUCUUUUUUAUUUUUCAUUGCUGCUGUCGUUAGCUAGACGCUCACCAGAGAGAACUAUCAGUCUCACCUUGUGUACAGUUAUCAACUGAAGUUGGAUUACAGAUCAUCGACAUUUUAUUUGUGGCCUGCCAUCCAGUUAAGUUCUGCGGACAUUCUUGACAAUGGUUCAACUGGCAACGUCCACCUGUGUAUUACUUCUCGUCUGCUUCCCGUUCUUGACCUCAGCCAUCUUCAAGACCAGCCGCGGGGCCCGCGUCAGCAAGCGCGUCCUGAACACGGAGGGGGAGGGUGCGGGGUCCGGUCUUGGCAGCCGGAAGUUGUUCUUCAAGAACCGCAACUUCCGCACUGUCACCGUGGCCGCCAGACACGACAGCAUCGUCCUGGACUGCGAGGCCGCCGGCUCCCCGGUCCCCACCAUCCACUGGCUCAAGGAUGGCGAGAGGAUUGUGCAGGGCAACUUUGAGACGCUGGAAGAUGACGUGGCUUCCUUGGAGGACAUGGAGACGGAGUCCGAGGAGGCUGGAGACAAGUUGCGGUUAUCCUCCACAAAGUCUCGGUUGUACCUGGAUUGUCUGAACAGCGGCGAGGGCGAGUACACCUGUGUGGCCGAGACUCCCUACAUGAGGAAGACACAGUCCACGAUCGUCAAAGUCACAGGUCAUCGGGCCUCCAACUUUGAGAGCUGCGUAGCUAAACGAUCUGUCAGAGGUGAACCUGCAAGAAUCUACAUGUGGACCGUGUCUCGCCUGGAAUAUGAAUCCACCACAGUCCAGCUCUUCUGCAGGACGUCAGGCACGCCAACACCCACCAUCACGUGGUACGACAACAUGAACAACACCAUCGACGACUCCGAGCAGUUCAGUAAUGCCGUUAAUGGCGACCUGCUCAUCAGGGACAUCUCCUGGCUCAACAACAUGGGUGUGUACCGGUGUUCUGCCGAGAACGAAUAUGGAACACAAAGCGUGGAAACUUUCUUAUACCCUACACCACGAGAAGACAGAUUUGGAGCAGCAGAAUAAGGACCAGACGGCGUGAACAGUGCGCUUCGUUCGUGUCCAACUAUUGCCGCUGUGAACACAGCUCAUGACAGAAGAAAACAAACGUGGUGGUGGCCUGGGGCAGCGAC